AUGUUUCAAGUUUCCAAAUUGUUGACUACUGCUUUCGUGGCUAGUAUUGCUCUUGUUACAGCAUCCCCUGUCACUGUGAAGAGAGACAAUUUCGGCUUAGAAUGGAUUUCUAAAGAUUCCUCUUUACCUAAAGUCGUCUUGUAUAACACUGGAGGAACGAUUGAUUCCACUUCCAAUUACUCGACCAUUGAUAAUGUCAACUACGGUUCAGGUCCAGCAUUCAUUCCUGAAUAUAUGCUGGGUAAUUACAGUGUUAUACUUGAAAAAGCUCAAAUCGCAAUUGUGGAUAUGUCCAAGGCUGGUGGAUCAUCAAAUCUCAAUUCAACACUUUACUUCAAUGUCAGUAAAGCCGCAAAUGAGCAUCUUUGCUCAGAAGGAAGUGAUAUCGCCGGAGCUGUAAUGUUCCACGGAACAAAUACCGAAGAAGAUACCUUCUUCGGUGUUGAUUUGACUUUAAACUGUUCUAAGCCAUUUGUCGCUACUGGAGCUAUGAGACCUCAAUCUUAUAUAUCUCAUGAUGGACCUUCCAACUUCUAUCAAGCAGUAGCAGUAGCUUCUGAUCCUAAAGCUGGAGAUAGAGGUGGACUAGUGGUUUUCAACGACAGGAUAUCUUCUGCGUUCUAUACCAUUAAGACCAAUGGAAAUACUCCAGACACAUUCAAAGCUUUGGAACAAGGUAAUCUUGGAGCUUGUUUAGGUGGUCAACCGUAUUGGUACUUCGAACCUUCGUACCCAGUAGCAAGAUAUCACUUUGAUUUGUCUUCCAUGCAAGACGGAAAUCAAUUACCUCAUGUCGUUGUCCUUUUCGGUUCUCAGGGUUUCGAUACUUCCCUCAUGUAUGCUGCAGUAGCUAAUGGUGCCAAGGGUAUCGUUAUUAUGGGUGCUGGUGCCGGACAGCUGUCUACCGAUGCAGUCAAAGUAGCAGGAGAGUUGAAAGCUCAAGGGAUCCCAGUGGUAGCUUCUCUUCGUCCAGUCACCGGUGCUUCCGCUCCCAAGCCAUUCGAGCAGAACUAUAUCUCCUCAGGAUAUAUGCAAGCUGGUAAAGCUAGGAUCCAACUUCAAUUAUGUCUCGCCACUGGUAUGGGAUGGGAAGGAUGUCGAGAUAUCUUCGAAAAAGAUAUGCGUGAAGUCAUUUACAACGAUGCUACAUCCUACUACUUCUCAUAG